CAAAGCAAAGCAAAGCAGCGCGUUACGCUCCCGACUGUCUGUUCCCGCCGGCGGAGGUCCGAAGUGAAUGGCAAUAAAAGGCGGCUCUGUGUGAGCCAUGAAGCGCAGGUCUCACUCUCACUCUCGCAGCACGUUCGUUCUUCUCGCGACGCGCUGCUUGGAGCCUUCCCUGUCACCAGUCAGGCUGACCGCCCGCCGGUGAGGAACACCACCAGCACAGAAACUUCGACCUGGCCCUUGAUAGGCAGCAUCUGGCCUUGCGAGCACUGUGCCCCUCCCGUGCCGUCCCUUAUAGCGAGCGGCCUCACAAGUCUUGCCGCCGACUCCCACGCGCGGACUGCCCCUCGCAUUGCUACCACUCUUUGGACACAGGCUCAGGCAUCAACCUUUCUAUUGCCGAUACCGUCGCUUCACUCCUUCUGCUUCACGCCACGCCGGUGCAGUCUCUCGAGACAACUUCACGUGCUUCAAUCGUACCGCAGGAAAAUCCCCCGGCCUUCUCUCCUGCAUCCAGGCAUACAUCGCUGGCCCAAAGCAAUGGCUUCAUCUUCCGCCAGCCGAGCCAGACCGCCGCCAACUGUCAUUGAUCUGAUCAGCAGCGACGGCGAAGAUGAUGCGGAUGUCGCGGCCAUGCGGCCUCCGCGUAUGGCUGCACCACCGACGCUUCGGGCACACGCGCCUCAUCUGCUCGAGGCACCGAUCAUCGUCAACCACAAUCAUGAUCAUGAUCACCGCAACAAUAACCACCAUCAACAUGGUCAAUUUGCUGCUCCCAAGCAAGAGCGAUCCUCGACCCCACCAGCACCGACGCGAGAGGGCGGGCAGUUCGUGCUUGUCGAUGGCGAAGAGAUAUUUAUCCCCCACAGUCCUGAGUCUUCACUUGGCACUUUACCGCCGACUCCGCCUGCAAACUCUGCAUCUCAGCACCAGACUGCCAUGGACGAGGAAGUUGCCUUGGCUAUGAGCGACUUCACCGCGGAUAGCUGUCUGCAGAGGAUUCUCGGGAUCUUCCCAGAUGUGAGCCACGAGUAUGUCUUGAAUCUCUACGAAGAAACUGAAGGCGUGCACUAUGGCGCUCAGCAUGCCUCUUCCAAGUUCGAGAGAAUCGUGGAGAAAGUCAUCUCUAGUGACUACCCAAAACAAGGCAAGGGUAAGCAGGUGCGAAAGCGCAAACGUGAGGACGACGAUGCCGAAAGCGACGCCAAGCGCUGGACUCCCGAUCGUGUCGCAGUGCCAUCACAACACAAGGCCAUCCAGGACAUCAUCAAAGCCGACUUCCCGGAGUUUAGAAGGGCCGACAUCAUACAGGCCCUCAAGCAGCACGCACAUCUAUUCCAGACGUAUGUGGCCGUUGCGAACAUCAAGGACAAGAAUGAUAGUACCAUUCCUUUCCGAGGUCGCCCAUCGAUUUCGCGCGCUGAUGCCGAGACGAUUGCCGCCAACUCAGGCUUCGAAACCCUCGUCGACGAGCUUCGAGCUGCACGCCAACGAGUCGUCGUUGUUCGAGACGAGAGAGCUCUUGCGCAAAUGAGAGAACAGGUUGAGGAAGCGAAUCUUCAACAGGCAGUGGCAGCUGGUGAGACAGCAGAAUGUCAGGCGUGCUUCGAGAACCUUCCCAUGAAUCGACAGAUCCAUUGCAAUGGCGAAGUAGCGCACUGGACCUGCUUCGAGUGCGCCACUACAUACAUCAAGACUCAGGUUGGCGACUCACGCUGCAAGGUUCUCUGCACGGCAGGCUGCGGCUCCGGGUUUGCACAUGCUCAAUUACAUCUUCUCGAAGACAAGCAACUCCUGGCCAAGCUUGAACAGCUGCAGCAGGAGAAAGACAUCCGCGAUGCAGGCCUUGAAGAUCUGGAAGAAUGCCCUUUCUGUGAUUACAAGGCCAUUCUCCCGCCAGUCGAGGAAGACUUCGAGUUUCGAUGUGCCAACCCGGAGUGUGAGAAAGUCAGCUGUCGCCGAUAUUAUGGAUGCAAUAAGAUGUCCUGUCCUUCGUGCGGCAACCUUCAGUGCUAUGUGUGCUCUGCUGAUAUCAAAGAAUAUUCUCACUUCGACCAAGCUCCUCAUGGCCUCCCACAAGGUGGCCAGACUUUGAAUGGCGCCAAGAAAUGCCCGCUCUACGACAAUGUCGAAGAGCGUCACGAGCGUGAGGUCAAGGAAGCUGAAGCUGCUGCUCGCGCACAGGUCUUGGACGACAAUCCCGAUGUGACCGAAGAAGAUCUCCAAAUCAAGGUUUCUGAGAAGGUCAAGAAGGCUGAUGCGGAUCGAAUCAAGCGUGCUGGUGGGGCCAUUCCAGGAGGCUAUGGAGCUGGAGCAGCAGGAUGGUGAUCUAUUUGACAAUGACGAGGAAAACAAUGAUGCGGCUUUAGUAACACACCCUCCCCGUAUCCCAGCAAGACCACAGGUUCGCGCCCGCGCUGCCAUGGCUAGAGAUGUGGAUCAGUUCAGAGCGAGAGUGGAAGUAUUAACCCGAGCGAGACUCGGACUAGGCGGACAUAUUGCUGGCCACGAAAAUCAGGCGCACUUGGCUCGACCACCGCAGCCCGCUCAUGCUCGCGGUUUGGCUCAUCGACUUCCAGCACAGGCACAAGGUCCUGGACAUCUUCUCGGUGUAUUCCCACGACCACCAUUCGGUCAACCAUUGGCUCCAGCACCUGCAGCAGCACCCGCAGCAGCACCCGCUCCCCAGCCAGCACAUCGUAAUCCGCAAGCAGAUCUAUUUGCCGGCCUUGGCGCGGGCCAAAUUGUUGGUGCACGUAAUAAUGGCCUCGGAGGCCCACAAGGACUCUUCGAUGCCUUCGCGGAAGACCCCUUUGGAGGAGGAGGCCCUGAUCCAUUUGCCUUUGUGCGUGUUCCCCCUCACUUCAAUGAGAUGGCACAGCCGCAGCACGACUGGAACGCAGCUAGGGAACAACAACGACAAGCUCUACAGAAUAUGCAUAAUCGCGCCGGCGGUACCGGACAAGUGAGAGCGCUCAAUGGAAAUGAUCCGUAUCGCUACAACGGCUAUGGGCGAGGGUUUCCGGGUGCUCCACAGGCAGGAUGAAGUGGUCGGUGGAGUUUUUCUCUUGAGUAUCUCAUCCUCGAGACAGUGUUUCGGUCACUGUACCUCGGACAUUUGCUGCAAUAAUGAGCGUUAAGCGUAUGGCAAGCGAGGCGUUGGAAGAAUCGAUAUAGCACAGCAUUUUUUUUUAGAAAAUCUCAAACUCCAAUCUGCUCAAAAGU